AUGGAUGGAAAUGAGGGUCAAUCUACAGAAUUCAAUCCGACUCAGCCGAUUUCUUCGGAUCAACAGCUCUCUGCAAUUUCAAGUCAAGUACCACCGGUCCCUAGAAGGUUCCUGGUUCAGCCAGUCGAAACCGUACGAAGCUCCAAGGCUCAGCCAUCUUUGAAAGCAAACCAACCCUUACCACAGUCUGGGAUACAUCCAAAAGAGCCUAAACAUCGACCAAGAAGAUUUCUACCUGAACCGAUUGAAACAACCAAAGCUAGUAAUAGACGGGCGUAUUCCACUUCCGAGGCACAGACGAAUCCUGUAUCUUACAGCAAGACAUCGACGGCUCCAAGACGAUUCAAACCCGAGCUGAUAGAAACCGACACCCGCUCCGUCCGAAAAGGGGAACCAGUUCGGUUUUCCCAACGGCAUGUAUCAUCAGCACCCCAUACAAUCAUUUGCUCAGAUACGCGAUCGUCGUCAAAUCCAGAUUUCCAUGCUCGUACCCAUCUACCACCAGAAUCCCAAUUUUCGUAUUCCAAUCUUUUACGUCGACAACAAGCCCGCAGACACUCGUUCCGAGUUCCGGAUCUCCCAUCGAUCCCCUCUGACAGCAGCGAAGAAUCGGAUAACUCCAGAUCGCCAUCGGCAUGCACUUCGCCUGGGCCCCCCAAUCAAGCGACCUUGUCCUCAAGCAAGCUACCCCGUGAGAGCUGCGAUGGGAAAAUCUCGGAAUUCCUGCUCUCUCUUGCCGCUCGAUCCGCACAGAAGCAGUUAAAGGAGCAAGCGUUGGCUGCCUUUCCUAACGAGCAAGUGUACGAGCCCGUGGAUCAUUUUGCCAUCAACGAAGAUGACGGAGAUUCAGACGACGACGUCUCUCAUAUCAAGUAUCAUCAUGUCAAGUCUCGGCGACAAUCUUCGGCAGAUUUGUCCUGGGAACUUGAGUAUAUGCGCCACCACAAGGAGGAGGCUGAGAUGAGGAUCCGGGCGAUGAUGGCAUCGGGACAACCAAAGUCUUCAUCGGAGCACAAUAAAAAUGGCAAGAGUCCACCUAUGCUUGGCAAUGACAUUGUCGUUCCUCGAAGCGUCUCACCCGAGGGAACAAUAUAUGAGCACACUAGCACAGAUGCAGCCUCUGGUGGUGUACAUGAUCUCUGUACUGGCUGUGGUGGUUUGUGGUACGCGGCGCCUCCUCGGGAUGGCGGAAAGGGUGCUGGUCUUUGGAUGGGCACUUGUUGCAGGGAUGAGGGCCAGAAACGGGAAGCGCAUGGUUUUGUACCUGGAAUUGUUACCCCCAUGCCUCGCGUCGAUGAGGCCGGCAUGUUCAUAGGACUCAGCCCAUCUCCUUCAAAUACGCACCUGGAUCGUCUCGUCUCGCCCGAAAAUCAUAGUUCCCGGAAGCCCACGAGCCCUCAUCUCCAAAAAGCCGUCGAGGCUGAGUUCCAUGAUGGAUUUGUGACUCAGAUCUAUAAUUACCUGUCCCUGGGUUACCCUUGCCUUGCCCGCUAUUAUGAUUAUGAACUCAGCCGAAUUUCGGGCAUUUCCCUCGAUGAUCUCCGCCGGGACGACUUGCACACUGAUGCUAGAGGUUACGUCGUAGCCCCCCAAAAUGACGUUCUCGCAGAUGGAUGUGCACGAUGGAAGGCUCUUCGUCUAUAUAUCAAGGAAUGGGCGAGACAGGAGCCCGGUAUGACCGAAGAAGAUACCAAUAUUGAAGGAUGGGGGCAGCCAGAGCGAAGAGGCAGCUGGGGCAACUGA